AUGUACGGCGACCGCAGUGCCCAGCAGGCGAUCCACGGAUGCGCCUCCGACGCAAUACAAAAGAUCCUCGCCACAAAGCGCACCGCCGAGCUGGCUGACCCUGCCAACCCACGAGACCCCGCCAAUGCGUUCUUCCGCUUCGAGGGCACCCUCCUACGGAUGGCUUUCCACGACGCCGGUACCUGGGACUGCGACAGCGGGCGGGGCGGUGCCAACGGGAGCCUGAGAUUCCCGGAGGAGGUAGACCAGCCAGCGAACGCGGGCAUGAGGGACGGCGUGCUGGCGCUGGUGGAGGAGUGGGAGGCGCUCAAGGCGGCGGGCUGCGGCGUCACCUUCGCCGAUCUGAUCCAGAUAGCGGGUGCUGAGGCUUGUUUCUUCACUGGUCUACCGCGCUUCACUGUGCCGAUUGGGAGGCGCGACGCCACUGGGCCGGAUCUCAGCACGACGCACGCGUUGCCUGGAACGAGCACGAACAUCGAGGACUUGAAAAGGAUUUUCAGGGCCAAUGGAUACAGUUUAAAG